CAAAUAAAACUAGUGUUUCUUCACUAAGUUUCUCACCAAACAGUGCAACAAAAGAGGGCAUAGUAAAGCCCAUUAGGAGUCUAAGUGGACUAGUUAGCAAUGGGAUUGCCCUUCUGGGCUUCUUCUCAACUUAUUUAGUAUCACAGUCAUACUGCAAUUAUCUGCAUGCAUCUGCACAAGCUGAUGACAAGACCGCCUCUUGGAGCAAACUGCAAGGCUGCAGCUCAGCUCACUGGGUCUUAAGUUUGAGGACUGGCUAAACAAAUAACCAGCGACUAUGACAACUUCAAUACAUGGCAGUCCUUCAGAUAUAGUUUACAACAAUGAUGAGCCUAACAGUGGUCAAACUAUAGACACCAAGAUGUCCAAUGGAUUGCAAGUGGUCAGAACGCUUAUCUUUUGGGUUCUCAGGUCAAGAGGUUUCACUGAUAUGUGCAUUCAGAUUGGAAAUGGAGCUAUGGUUUCAAACAUCAGCGCUCAAGAAGGAAUUUCUGUUGAGUAUUUUCGGUUUAGGGAUAGUUUGCUUGCAGAUAUAAUGAAUGCAGAUUUAGUUAUAAGUCAUGCUGGAGCUGGUAGCUGUCUUGAGAUACUUGAAGCUGGUAAGCCACUUGUAGUGGUUAUAAAUCAACAGCUGAUGGGUAAUCAUCAACUUGAACUUGCAAAACAGCUACAUGCUGAUGAACAUUUAUAUUACAGCACAUGUGAAAAUCUGAAAAGUGUGUUAGAAAAUAUGAACUUAGACAAGUUAAAACCUUUUCCUCAUGGAAAUGCUGGUAUUUUUGCAGCAUACCUUAAUAGUGUAUUUGGUUUUAAUGAGUAUAAUAAUGAAACAUAGAUUUCUAGAGUAUUUCAGCACUGCCUCGGGGAGUUAAUCUCAAUGAAGCAUUGGGAUUCAUGAAGGUGUACCACGUAAAGGAACAAUGUUGGUAUUAGAAUUGAGACAUACACAGUGUAUAUGCAAGGAACACAAGAACUCAGUUUCAGUCUGCAUUAUAAAUGAUCAAGUUACAUUCCACAAAAUGUUAAAUAUAAUAAUCACCAGUGAUAUUUUUACUGUAGAAUAUUAUGAAUUUUAUUAAUGUCAAAAUAAUAUAAAAACAUUCAUACUUAAUGUUUUGAAUAAAUGUAAUAAACUGAAUAAAUAUAAUAUUAGUAAAAUACACCAAUCUCCUCUCAUGUAAUACAUUCAUGUAAUUAUACAAAAACUUAAUU